AUGUCGUUCUUCAGCCGCGUUUUCUCGUACGUCUUCAACGAGCUCCUCGUGGAAGGGCUCGCGAACUCGAAGACGUUCCAGCGGUUCGCGGUUCGCACUGACGCGGCGCUGAAAGAAGCGAAGACGUCGGGUAAGCUGAAAGAUCUGAGCGAGGCCACAUCGAAUCCCGGUGAAGCCGCGAAGCGCGUCUCUGAGUACAUGCGCACGCUCAUGGAGGACGGCAAGGAAGUCAUAGAAGAAGUAGCGAAGAAGAAUAAAUAA